UGUUAUUAUUACUUGUUUUUCAUUAAGCCUGAAAUCUGACUCUUUGAUCCAUUUUUUUUGAACCAGAUUUCUUACCUCUUGUGGUUGUUGUCACACUUUCACACUCUUCCUUUAUCAUCAAGAUUCUCGGCUCAACGGGUGGCGAUCCCUUAAAGCUUCAAACAAAAACAACGGGCAAGCUCUUUGUCACCAAAGCACACAACGCAGCAACACCAAAGAUGGGCGCCACGAUCAGCACAUCGAGCGCGUGCGAAUUCCCGUACGCAGCGUCCACUGGAUGCACUCAAACAUUUGCAGAGCAGAUUGGCGCACUCCACGACGGUCUGUCCAUCACAUACGGCAUCGGGUGCCUCGGACUGCUCAUAUUCAGCACGGCUUGCCUCGUGCGCAUUUAUCAGCUGCGGCGGUCGAACGCAGCCAUCUCGGAAGCAGUCCUGUCAGCCACCACACUGAAGGUCAUGUGCGUUACGUACGCCGUCGUGAUUGCACUCUGCAUCCGAAGCGUCGACCUGCUCGCUUGGCGCGGCUGGAUCAACCUGACUUUCAACAACUUUCUCUACGACGUUGGCGGCGCAGGCAUCAUCACCGUCGUCUGCAUUCAAAUCGAUCACUGGCUCGCCUUCCUCAACUCGACCACCAUCAGCAAGCGAAAAGCCUACAGGCGACAACAGCGCAUCAUCACAACUGGAUCCGUUUCCGUGGCGUGGCUGAGUCUCAUCAUUCUCGGCAUCCUUUCCAUCCAAGUCGGCAGCUACUGGGUCUUUAACGGCAUCAAACUGGGCAUCUUCAUCGCCAUCAUUCUGUUUUGGUGCGCAUUGGGCAUCUUUUCGGGCCGUCGUAUUGUUGGCAUUUUGGCUGAGGCUGAGCGCAAGUAUGGCAUUCGCAGCAACCAAGACGGUGAGGCGGCCAAGAACAACAACACGCACGACAGCGAGAGCGAGCACCACUCACGCACAUCCAACUCGAUUACACACGAAUCGACGGAUGGGCACCGGUCGAGCACCACAAAGUCAAACACCAUUUCGCGCGCCUCCGGCAAGCCUCAAGUGGGCGAGGAGGAAUCGGCCCAAACAAUCACCUCCAGGCGUCGCACGGUCGCGCUGCGUCGCGUGUACAACCGUGUCGUCAUCGCCAGUGCUGCAGAAAUCAUUGCAGUCAUUGCCAUCACGUACAACAUUAUCUACAUUACGCUGUCCGGCUAUGACUGGGGCCAGCGAGUCUUGCCAAUCGAAGUCGACACGAUGAUCUUGCUCAACGCCGCCGUGUAUGACUUGUGCCACUUUGCUUUUGUGCUGAUUGUGCUCGGCUUCUUCCACCCCUUCCGCUCCGCCAUCUCGCACGGCAACAACCCCGCCCAGUACUCGUCUUCGGCGUCCGAGUCAAAAUCGAGCCGCAAGCUCAAGCAUUCCUACGCGUCCAACGCAAAUUCGACUCCCAUGCUCACCUCCGAGCUUGCGGACAUUAGCAUGAGCCAAAUGAACGCUUCGACGACCGAUGUCGCGCAGUCCACAGCGCAAGCGUCUCCGGCCGAAAAUGCAUCAGCCGAGCGGCUUGUCGAGGACGAAGGCAUCGAGGUGAUGAUGAAUGAUCCGACAACGGAGCACUUCCCGUCGCCGUCCAUGGAGAUUGUGGGAUCCAAUUCCGUCCGCGCGUCCGUGGUGACUGAAAGUCGGAACGACCUGGAGCCAAAUAAUCCAGACAAUCUGCAGUCACCACCAGCACAGGUUGUCGUCCAUAUUGGCGGCACGUCCAACUCGAGCGUCGAUGUAUCUCAGUAGCGUUCCUUCCCCGCCCGCUCCCUGUUUUUUGCAUGCCUCUUUUUCGUUCCUCUUUUAUUGUUGCUAUCAAUCCACCGCGACACCUGUCUAUUGCUCUGCGGGAUAGCGUUUCGUUGCUUGCCUUGUCCUUCUUCAGUCUCGUUUUGCGCUCACGACUUUUUCUUGUCAAUAAUAACAGUACAGUACCACCACCA